ACCUGGACCUGGAACUAGACCUGGACCUGGACCUGGACCCAGCUGUGUGUCCAUGAAGAGUGACCAGUCUAUGGGAACCCCUUUAACAUUCAAAGAUGGACUUCAGUCUGUUAAACUAAGAGUUCAGCAACAGAGAUCCCAAGUGAUCCCAAGAGACCUGGACCCCAUAUUUAAGCUGCUUGAGAAGAACAUUGUCAGCUUUAUGAAGAGCGAGCUGAAGAAGAUGCAAAAGGUCCUCAGUCCAGAUUACCCAGAAGGCUCUGCGGGUCAGAAGGAAGAUGAGGAGGUGUUGGACGGUGAGGAUGAAGAGCAGAUGAGGAGCAGCGGGGAAGCAUUUCUGAAGAUCACACUAAACCUCUUGAGAAGAAUGAAGCAGGAGGAGCUGGCUGACUGUCUGCAGAGCAAAACUAGUGCUGCAGUGUGCCAACAUGAACUCAAGUCUAACCUGAAGAAGAAGUUCCAGUGUGUGUUUGAGGGGAUCCCUAAAGCAGGGAACCCAACCCUCCUGAACCAGAUCUACACAGAGCUCUACAUCACAGAGGGAGGGACUGCAGAGGUCAAUGAGGAGCACGAGGUCAGACAGAUUGAAACAGCAUCCAGGAAACCACACAGACCAGAAACACCCAUCAGACAAGAAGACCUCUUCAAAGCCUCGUCUGGAAGAGAGGAACCAAUCAGAACAGUGAUGACAAAGGGAGUGGCUGGGGUUGGGAAAACAGUCCUAACACAGAAGUUCACUCUGGACUGGGCUGAAGACAAAGCCAACCAGGACAUCCAGUUCAUGUUUCCAUUCACGUUCAGAGAGCUGAAUGUGCUGAAAGAGAAGAAGUUCAGCUUGGUGGAACUAGUUCAUCACUUCUUCACUGCAAUCUGCAGGUUUGAAGAGUUCCCGGUUGUGUUCAUCUUUGACGGUCUGGAUGAGUGUCGACUUCCUCUGGACUUCCACAACAAUGAGGUCCUGACUGAUGUCACAGAAUCCACCUCAGUGGAUGUGCUGCUGACAAACCUCUUCAGGGGGAAACUGCUUCCCUCUGCUCGCCUCUGGAUAACCACACGACCUGCAGCAGCCAAUCAGAUCCCUCCUGACUGUGUUGGCUUGGUGACAGAGGUCAGAGGGUUCACUGACCCACAGAAGGAGGACUACUUCAGGAAGAGGUUCAGAGAUGAGGAGCAGGCCAGCAGGAUCAUCUCCCACAUCAAGACCUCCCGUAGCCUCCACAUCAUGUGCCACAUCCCAGUCUUCUGUUGGAUCACUGCUACAGUUCUGGAGGACAUGUUGAAGACCACAGAGGGAGGAGAGCUACCCAAGACCCUGACUGAGAUGUACAUCCACUUCCUGGUGGUUCAGUCCAAAGUGAAGAAGGUCAAGUUCGAUGGAGGAGCUGAAACGGAUCAACACUGGAGUCCAGAGAGCAGGAAGAUGACCGAGUCUCUGGGAAAACUGGCUUUUGAUCAGCUGCAGAAAGGGAACCUGAUCUUCUAUGAAUCCGAGCUGACAGAGUGUGGCAUCGAUAUCCGAGCAGCCUCAGUGUACUCAGGAGUGUUCACACAGAUCUUCAGAGAGGAGAGAGGACUGUACCAGGCCCAGGUGUUCUGCUUCGUCCAUCUGAGUGUUCAGGAGUUUCUGGCUGCUCUUCAUGUCCAUCUGACCUUCAGCAACUCUGGUGUCAACCUGAUGGCAGAAAAACAACCAAGACCUAAAGGCCUUGGUUGGCCUAAAGUAUUGAGAGCAGAACCUAAACUAAAACAUCUCUACCAGAGUGCUGUGGACAAGGCCUUACAGAGUCCAAAUGGACACCUGGACUUGUUCCUCCGCUUCCUCCUGGGUCUUUCCCUGGAGACCAAUCAGACUCUCCUACGAGGUCUGCUGACACAGACAGGAAGUAGCUCACUGACCAAUCAGGAAACAGUCCAGUACAUCAAGAAGAAGAUCAGUGAGAAUGUUUCUCCAGAGAAAAGCAUCAAUCUGUUCCACUGUCUGAAUGAACUGAAUGAUGGUUCUCUGGUGGAGGAGAUCCAACAGUCCCUGAGAUCAGGACGUCUCUCCACAGAUAAACAGUCUCCUGCUCAGUGGUCAGCUCUGGUCUUCAUCUUACUGUCAUCAGAAAAAGAUCUGGAGGUGUUUGACCUGAAGAAAUACUCUGAUUCAGAGGAGGCUCUUCUGAGGCUGCUGCCGGUGGUCAAAGCCUCCAACAAAGCUGUGCUGAGUGGCUGUAAACUCUCAAAGAGAAGCUGUGGAGCUCUGUCCUCAGUCCUCAGCUCCCAGUCCUCUAGUCUGAAAGACCUGGACCUGAGUCACAACAAGCUGCAGGAUUCAGGAGUGAAGCUUCUCUCUGCUGGACUGGAGAGUCCACACUGUGCACUUGAACAUCUCAGUCUGUCAUGGUGUAAGAUCUCAAAGGAAGGCUGUUCUUCUCUGGGAUCAGCUCUGAAGUCAAACCCCUCCAGUCUGAGAAAACUGGAUCUGAGUGGAAACCAGCUGCAGGAUUCAGACUUGAAGCUGCUGAGUGGUUUUCUGGAGAGUCCACAUUGUAGUCUGGAGACUCUGAGUCUGUCAUGGUGUGAGAUCUCAGAUGAAGGCUGUUCUUCUCUGGGAUCAGCUCUGAAGUCAAACCCCUCCAGUCUGAGAGAACUGGAUCUGAGUGUAAACCAGCUGCAGGAUUCAGGAGUGAAGCUGCUGAGUGGUUUUCUGGAGAGUCCACAUUGUAGUCUGGAGACUCUGAGUCUGUCAUGGUGUAAGAUCUCAAAGGAAGGCUGUUCUUCUCUGGGAUCAGCUCUGAAGUCAAACCCCUCCAGUCUGAGAAAACUGGAUCUGAGUGUAAACCAGCUGCAGGAUUCAGGAGUGAAGCUGCUGAGUGGUUUUCUGGAGAGUCCACAUUGUAGUCUGGAGACUCUGAGUCUGUCAUGGUGUCAGAUCUCAAAGGAAGGCUGUUCUUCUCUGGGAUCAGCUCUGAAGUCAAACCCCUCCAGUCUGAGAGAACUGGAUCUGAGUGGAAACCAGCUGCAGGAUUCAGGAGUGAAGCUGCUGAGUGGUUUUCUGGAGAGUCCACAUUGUAGUCUGGAGACUCUGAGUCUGUCAUGCUGUGAGAUCUCAGAUGAAGGCUGUUCUUCUCUGGGAUCAGCUCUGAAGUCAAACCCCUCCAGUCUGAGAAAACUGGAUCUGAGUGAAAACCAGCUGCAGGAUUCAGGAGUGAAGCUGCUGAGUGGUUUUCUGGAGAGUCCACAUUGUAGUCUGGAGACUCUGAGUCUGUCAUACUGUAAGAUCUCAAAGGAAGGCUGUUCUUCUCUGGGAUCAGCUCUGAAGUCAAACCCCUCCAGUCUGAGAGAACUGGAUCUGAGAGGAAACCAACUGCAGGAUUCAGGAGUGAAGCUGCUGUCUGAUCUUUUGGAGAGUCCACAUUGUAGACUGGAGACUCUAAGAUGGACGUGAUCAGCUGAGUGCUGAUGAUCCAGAGAGCAUCUGGAGACUGGGACUGCUCCACCACCUCCACCUGGAUUUGAUUUAGUCGACCACACAGCAGAAGACUUUUAAAAGAUUAGAAGAUUUGUUUUGCUUGGAUGUCCAAGACACAACAACAUGUGUACUAAUUGUUGGACAUUCG